AUGGCGACUGCUGCGAUGGCAUCGUCACAGUCGCCGCCUCAGUUCGAUGCCUCUGCUCCCUCAUCGAUCUCAUCGCGGGCUUCUCUGCCACCCUCUGCCACCAAGCGGACGAGCCUCCAAAGACCUUCGUCGUAUCCAAAAAACCGACUGUCCGUCCACUCCAACAAGUCAAACUCGCAAAUCCGCUCGCGUCCUACCUCUGCCACCUCUAAUACCUUUUCUGUUUACCAGUCGAGUCUCCCUUACGCUUUGGUUCGGGAUUUUGCCUAUCCUCCGAGCCACCCUCUUCAUUAUGGUGCACCUCCCAAAGACUCGGGCAUUUCGACGCCUGUCCACGAAUCUCGGAGGAUUUCAGAUGCGCCCCUGUCAUCACUGGACGCCACUCGCGCUCACUGGCCAGCCCCAAACUGGGACCCAGGUACUAUGUACAGCCAGCAGCAACUACCUCCGAUAGCAUUUGGCGAUGGACCUCCGUAUAGUGAAGACGAGGAUCUACAUAGCCCCGUUGUCACCACCUCACGGCAUCGCAAGUAUAAGUCCGGCCACUCUAGUGAGAGCAGGCCUGGCUCACGCAGACGCAAAGGGUCGGGCUUCGGUGAUCCUGACAAUAGUGUUGAUUCUGAAAGAGGUGUCUUAAUUGGUGUCAACGGAGACGGAAGCGAAACGUAUUAUGUUAGAGAUGAAGAUGCGGAUGAAGAUGGGCCAGGAGGAGAGUACGUGACCUACCCUGCAGGGGAUGGCAGACGCGCAUACCAUCCCGGAUUUGGUGACCAAGACGGAGUUGGGGGUGCCGGUCUUGGUAACUCCGCUCACAACCAUGGAUCUUACGAUCGAGAUUUCGAGCUAGCCUCCGAUGAUGAUAUAUCAGACGACGAUGCAUGGCAUGACCCUUCGAGAUACUCUCGAGAUUAUCAAUUUACAAUUGUUUCGCCAGAUGAGGAGAUGCACGGUAAAGCUGUGGCACUCUUCGAUUUCACUCGCGAGCACGAAAACGAACUUCCUUUGAAAGAAGGCCAGGUAAUUCUGGUUUCUUAUCGUCAUGGCCAGGGAUGGCUUGUUGCUGAAGACCCAAGGACCGGAGAAAGUGGACUGGUUCCAGAGGAGUUUGUACGUCUCGUUAGGGAUAUCGAAGGUGGACUGAAUUCUCUUAAUGGCGAUUUGAACAUGAUCGACCCAAAUACUACCGGAAGCGAAUCAGAACAGACACCGGUUGCCACCACUCUGCCGGCCUCGCAACUGAACGACGCUCAUAUCAGUGGUACUACCGAUGUGGAUGCACAAGCUCAUUCCCCCGUUGAAAUCGAUGCGACUGAUAGUGGAACACAAGAAAUGGAUACGUCAACUACACAAAGCAAAGAAACUGAAAAGGAUAAAGCAAGAGAAAAGCAUCCUCCAGUAGUGUCCACCUUUUCAACGAGCAGCAAAGACCUAAACCCCUAUCCCUCACAUCUCCUCAGUGGCCAUCAACAUAGCAGAUCUAUGCCUCCCCCGAUUGAACACUCCGAAGCUCAAUUGGCCCGUUCCAGCUCCGGUGCAGCAAAACGAACCAAAAGUGUCUCCAAACGAGCCUCUGAGUCCGCUUAA